AUGCAGCAUCUGCAGCUACCCAUCCCUCCCCACGUCCUUCGUCUAGCCAUUGCCAAGUUCUCCCAUACGACCACUGCCAUGGAUCAUGUCGGUCCACUGACCUGGAAUCAUGUUCCUGGGAAUGGAGACCUGGCUUGCAUCUUUGAGAAGUUCCUCGAUUCUGGGUCUGUUUCAUCGAGAAUGAUCCAGAAAGUGGUUCAAGGUGAUGGCAUCCUGGAGCAGCUUGAUCUUGUAUUCUUCACUCGCAUGGCAAGGAUGCAGUCGCAGCUCAUUCCACCCCCAAGGUCACACUUUGCUGUCGUUGUAAAGUCGCCUUGUCUUGCAGUCAAGUAUCCUCAUGGUGGAACACAUCUCUCUUUGGCUCUCCAGAUUCGUCGGUUUCAGAUCAAGUUCACCACAGAGCGUGACUACUUCACGGCCUUGGCUCUUCUGGGCGAAAUCAACUGUCCAUUGACAGAAGGCAAAAUACCAGUUCCAGCAAUUCAACGAUUUCCUUCGGUGUCAUCAUGGACAUCAGGGCAUCUCUCUUCCAUUGCCCCCAGAACUACAAACACAGCAGCAACUUCAACCGGCAGCAAUGGGGUCCGCUUUUACCCCACGGGAGCGUUAGGGUCUGGAAGGACAACACCCAUUCGAGCAUCAUCUCCCGCGAGCACUAUUUCACACCCUAUGUCCAGAUUGGGCCCUAUGCCAGCUCCCAACCCCCCACCCCAAAGCAUGGAACUGGUAGAUUUGCCUCAACCACUGCAUGCAUCUGCUCUCACACACACGUCAAACAAAGAACCCGAGCUACCAAGCUCUCAGCUUUCCACCAUAUCUGCAAUCCAUGACGUCGACCAGCUAAACCAGAUGCUCCCUCCCAAGCGAGACCUGCCCUUCUCAAAGCCAACAGCAAAGAAACCGCGCGCUGCAAGCUUGACUCGAACAACGCAAAAGCAACCCCAGUCAGCUCCGUCGCCAAGUUCUCCACCCACUGAACCAACCAAGGAUCCAGAACCUCGUCCACGUCGUCUAGUGGUCGAGCCUAAUACUGAUUCUGGUUUGCCCGACUCCGGUUCGCAACUCUUAUCCCAAACAAAUCCUUGCCCCGAGCCGAGCCAGCCAUUAUUGCUUUAUGAAGAGCCUCCUGCUUCGAAAAACACAGCUCCUAUCUGCAAAUCCGCCGAACAUAUGAGAUGCCAAAUACCCAGCGUUCAGAACACAUCGCACACACAAGAUAAUCAAACUAAGUCGAACUCCAACCACAACCCGGCCAGCAAGCCAAACGAUAAACCACCAGCCAUGGCAGAAGACCACCUUGCGGGGUAUCUAUCUUCACCAACGGCUGAGCGAAUUGUCUUUCUCGAGAACUGGAUGUGCGAGUUGAUCGACGAUGACAGCUUCAUGACUCUAUGCGAGGACGUGGAUGGAACAUGGAGGCGGUUUGCAUUCGGACAAAGGCAGUGA